UAUUAAUAACACAUAGAUAUUAUAUAAAUAAUACUAAAAUAUAAAAUAUGUACUAACUCAAUAUGUUAAUGACUUACUGUGGUAUUUUCUUUCUAUUGACUUUUUCUUUUAGUAUGGGUAACCACAUCCUACUGCAUUCUACCGAGGAAUUUGCGACACAGUUGUUUUCAUUCAGCAUAAUUAGAGCCGCUUCUUUGAUUUUUCUCUUUUUACUAUCUGUUUCUUUUAGGACUAUACUUGAAUAUCUCCACUGAACUCUAUGUUCAUUAUCCCAUGCAUGUUGACAUAUUUGAGAUCUAUCAAAUUCUCUAUUUUUAAUAUAAGAUUGAUGUUCACUUAUUCUAACGUCUAAUGGUCUUGAUGUUUCACCUAAAUAAAAUUGUUUGCAUUCACAAGGUAUUUUAUAAAUGCAAUUCUUUGUUCUUUCUUGUUGAUUGUUAGGUUUAGUUUUAGAUAGAAUGUGUUUGUUGUUUUGAAUGUUGUUAAAAUGUUGAAUUUAUUUAAUAUUGUUUUAAGUUUCUCAUCGAAAAUACUUAAUUAUAAAAAUGCCACAAGGAAAUAGCUUCAGAACAACAGCACUGUCAUGUGUAAUGGAGAAGCCUCUAUUGGAUAUAUAUGAACUGAGUUGGUUAAUAAAAUGGAUAAACGACUUUUUGAUUUGGUACACAGGAGGAGACAUAAUGGAUGAACUAAGAGAUUUAAAAUUUUAUUCUACCAUAAUGAGACCUCUAUUCGGAAUUAAGUAUACAUCAGAAGCUUGUCAAGUUAUUGUCUCCAGAAAGCAAGUACAAAUUUUAGAAGAGAAACUAGUUAAACAUAGACCAGAUUUUAGGAAACAUAAAACUUUACAGUAUGGAAGGGCGAGUAUAUUUGACGAUUUUGCUUUUAUUCCUGAAGAUGAAUAUGAGUACUUACCAUUUAAUAUAGCUGAUGAUACAUUUGCAAUUGAACUGAAGCCUAAACAGGGCUGGAGGUCUUUAAGCGAAAAACACUAUCCUGCUUGCGUAUAUUGCAUGCAUCAGUACUUAAAGUUGCAACAAAGAAAGAUCAAGGUACUUAGCAAAUAUUGUCCAGAAGAUCUCUUUUCAGGGAAUGAUACUAGGAUGAUGCGUGCCAUAAAUUCAUUAAUACAAGUACCUCAAAAUAAUUUUAGGGUUUUUAAAAACGGAGUAUUAGUUUAUGGAGACAGAGUAAAGGCAGAUUUUUCAAAUGUAGUUAGGAGUAUUUUUGAUAAUAUGGAUGAUAAACCAGAGAGAUUAAUAGAUGAAUUUUGCAAACUAGUUAAAAAAUGCCUACUGACCAAUUUCAUGAACGUAAACUUUAGUGAAAACUGCGAGGAGAAACUGUUCUGUGAAUGGAAUAAGAUCAUUCAAGAUUCCAAUGCUCACAUCUUACCAAAGAACUGCAUCCUAGAAAAAAUCCUCUCAAUUCAAAUGUUGGACAUUGAAGGAAGCAUGUAUUAUGAUAAAUUACUAAAUAGCAAAGAUAAUAUAGAAGACUGGGCUUACGUGGAUAUGUUAUUAAAUAAAAUAGAUAAUGAAAACGAUUGUGUAUGUUUAAAAUGUAUGAUUAUGAUGUUGGCUAAUGUAGAUAAACGAAAUGAGGAGGCAGAUCUAGCUUUUAUACCUUAUCUAAUCUCGGCGGUUGCCAAGGACUGUUCGUUAAUGAUCACAAUGAAGAAGAUUCAAGAAAAUAUCAGUGACGAUCUGGAAAUAAAAAAUAUCAUCAAAACGGACUAUGGCCACUUUCUGGUGAACAUCGGCGUCUUUGACUUAUAUCCAAAACGACUAACUUCGGUACGAAAACACUGUCAAAGAAACAAAGAUAUAUUCAAAGCUUAUACGAUUGCUAACUCUAAAAGAAAAGUGGCGGAUUCUAUGAAAUGAUUGCCGGUAAAACAAUUUAUUAUGAUUACGGUUUUAAUUAUCUUUUUAUUUUGAUAUAAAAUUAAUGUUUUUAUCCAAAAAAAUGUGAUAGUUCUACGAAAGCUUUACUAAAUUUUAUUGAAUUGAUUAUUGUAUUGGAAAUGCAGAUUAAAUAUUUUAUUUUUGACAUUAGAUAAUGAAAUUAAGCAGAAAUUGCGGUAAUUGAACCUGUGAAAAUUUGUAAUCCCAACAGCAUUGUAAGCUCCUCCCACUCUGACGUCACAAGCCACGCCCAUAAAGUCCUGAAUCGACUACGACAUGACGUUGACUGAACGAUGAAUGUAAUUUGUAAUCCCAAUAGCGUUGUAAGCUCGUCCCACUCUGACGGCACAAGCCACGCCCAUAAAAUUCUAACUCAACGCCGACAUGACGUUGACUGAACGAUGAAUGCAACUGUGAGAAUAGCUUAAUGGGUAUACUAAAAGAGAUAGGCUUGGAUGGACGAGACAUUCGGAUAAUAGCAAAUUUGUACUGGAAUAAAACAGCUGACAUCAGAAUUAACAACCAGACAUCUGAAGAAAUUCCUAUUCUGAAAGGAGUUAGACAAGGUUGCGUGCUCUCCCCGCUUCUGUUUAAUUUGUAUGCAGAAUAGAUCUUUAGAGAAGCAGCAGAAGACAGAACAGAGGGUAUAAUUACCAAUGGAAUAGUCAUCAACAAUCUGAGAUACGCUGAUGAUACAUUUCUGCUAGCAACGGACAGGGAUGAUUUGCAAGGACUCCUACAUUCAGUGACGGGCCAUAGCCAACAAAUGGGUCUGAAAAUAAUCAUAAAGAAAACUCAAUGGAUGGUUAUCAGCAAAAACAAAAAUAUAGAAAAUAACUUGGCAGAUGUUAAAAUAAAUGGAGGCAUGGUGCAGAGAGUACAAGCAUACAGGUAUUUAGUCUGCUGGGCGAAUGAAAAAUGGGACUUGUCACAGGAAAUCAAAUUCAGAAUAGAGCAAACGAGAACAUCAUUUAGGAAAAUACAAAGAGUAGAUACUAACCAACAGAAGCUAAAAAUACGCUUAUUACGUUGCUAUGUGUUCAGCAUCUUGUUCUAUGGAAUGGAAGCAUGGACCCUCACGGAAACAAUGUGCAAGAUGAUGAGGACGAGAUUGAGGCUUUUAAAAUGUGAAAUCAAGCGGUUCUGCAGCGGCUAAACAAAUAAAGAGAAGUACUGAAUAUCAUAAAAAGAAGAAAACUAGAGUACUUUGCCCACGUGAUGAGAAAUCCGAAAUAUGAAAUGCUACAUGUAAUUAUCCAAGGAAAGAUAGAGGGAAAGCGCGGCCCCGGACGCAGAAAAACAUCCUGGCUUAGGAACCUCCGUCAGUGGUAUGGAGUGAGCACAACGACACUAUUUAGAUCAGCUGUGGACAAUAUGACGCAUAUACAAUGCGACCUUUACCGCAUACGUACGACCUCAAACAUUGAUUUUAGGAAGAAAAUUAAACAGAUCAAAAUUAUACAGGGUGUCCCGAAAAGAUUGGUCAUAAAUUAUACCACACAUUCUCGAGUCAAAAAUAGUUCGAUUGAACCUAACUUACCUUAGUACAAAUGUGCUCAUAAAAAAAGUUACAAGCCCUUUGAAGUUACAAAAUGAAAAUCGAUUUUUUUCAAUAUAUCGAAAACUAUUAAAGAUUUUUUAUUGAAAAUGGACAUGUAUCAUUCUUAUGGUAGGAUCAUCUUAAAACAAAAUUAUAGUGAGAUUUGUCCACCCCAUAAAAAUUUUAUGGGGGUUUUGAUCCCUUAAACCCCCCCCUCCCCAAACUUUUGUGUACGUUCCAAUUAAUUCAUUAUUGUGGUACCAUUAGUUAAACACAACGUUUUUAAAACUUUUUUGCCUCUUAGUAUUUUUUUGAUAAGCGAGUUUUUACCGAGAUGCAGCUUCUUUUUUAAUAUAUUUACAUAAAAAUUUUAUGGGAGUUUUGUUCCUUUAAACCCCCCAAAUGUUUGUGUACGUUCCAAUUAAACUAUUAUUGUGGUACUAUUAGUUAAACACAGUGUUUUUAAAACUUUUUUGCCACUUAGUCUUUUUUUGAUAAGUCGCCUUUUAUCGAGACGUGGCUUCUUUUUCAAAAUAUACCUAAAAAUGUAAAUUAUAAAUGCAGUAAAACCUCGAUAGAACAGACCUCUAUUUAACGGACUUCGGAUAUAACGGACAAAAAAUCAGAUUAAAUGUAAAAAAAAAAUUGAAUGCAAAAAAUAUGAAAAAUCGAAUUCUAGAAGGAAAAACAACGAGGACAGGAUCUCGGCACUGCUUUGUGCUAACGCUGAUGGAUCGCAUGGAUUGACUACUAUAAUUGUUGGUAAAUCUCGUAAACCUAGUAUUGCCAAAGAUAUAAUCAUCAAAAGGCACCAUCUACCCGUUUCAUAUUAUCACUCUAAUACGGCAUGGUAUUGUCAAAAAUUGGUUUUUAAAGGAUUUGUACCUGCAGUGAGAAAAUUUCAAGCGAAGAAACUGGUAAUACCGCCUAAAGAGUUGAAAUGUUUAUUGAUUUAGACAAAGCUAAUCGUCCUGAAAAUAUUUUAAAUUCAGAAGAUGGCAACUUUAAUUGUAUGUUUUGCCAAAAAAUACAUCGCUUAUUCAACUCAUGAAUCAGUGAAUAAUUUUGUCAACCAAAUGAGUAUUUUGCAGAAAGUUUUUAGAUGAAGUAAAAAAGUAGCGAACAAAACUUUAUUCCUUUUUUAACUUACAGAUUUGUAUACUGUAUCUAAAUACAGUACCUACGUAAUUUAAAAAAAUUGAUUGAUUUUAAACCUAUUUUUAUACAGCGGACUUUCGGCUUUAACUGACAUCCCGCCCCCCCCCAAUUAGUCCGUUAUAUCGAGGUUUUACUGUACAUUUUCAGAUUAUUAACAGGUAUAAUAAUCGUAUACUUAACCAUAUACAAAUAUGUGGUGGAUUCGAUAAAUAUUCAAAAUAUCUCGAUAAACACUGGUUUAUCGAAAAAGUCCUAAGAGGCAAAAAUGUUUUAAAAACAGUGUGUUUAACUAAUGGUGCCACACUAAUAAUUAAAUUGGAACAUACACAAAAGUUUGGGGGGGUUUAAGGGAACAAAACCCCCAUACAUUUUUACAAAUUUCUGUUUAAUUUUUAUUUAAGAUGCUGCUGCCAUAAGAAUGCCACAUGUCCAUUUUCAAUGAAAAAUCUCUAAGAGUUUUCGAUAUAUAAAAAAAUUGAUUUUCAUUUUGUAACUUCAAAGGGCUGUAACUUUUUUUGUGUGCACUAUUGUAUAUAGGUAAAUGAGGUUCAAUCAACCUAUUUUUGACCCCAGAAUCUGUGGUAUAAUUUAUGACCAAUCUUUUCGGGACACCCUGCGUAAUAAUGUAAUUCUCUAUAUUUUUGUUUAUGUAUAUUCAUGCAUUAAAGUUAAUCAUAAACGAGAUAAAAUUCAAUAAUAUGCCUCCUUCCACUAUUUUCCCCCUUACUCGAACUCAGAAAAUAUGGACAACACGAAAACAAUUGUAAAAAAGAAAAUUAUAGGAAAUCGCAUUUGCAACAAUUUUAGUCAUAGUCAAGUGCCAUUAUUUUUGAAAACUUGAAAAUGCGGAGAUAUUGACCAAAAAUGGUUCUCCUUUAAAUUCAAGAUGGUGGCUAACGCAACAGUGGAAUUCAGUCGCGAUUUUAAAUUUACACUACUAUUGACCCUAAAUGUUUGAAUAAAAUUUGGUAGCUAGACAUGCAGGGUUAACUUCAUUUCUUGGAGCUCUUCUAGGCAAUUUUUAUGGAAGGCUUAUUUACAGUUUCGAAAUGGUUAAAAAUCUAAAUGUAAAAAAAAAACUAAAAUGGUAUUGAAUAUAUCGAAAAUGAAUAUUUUAAAUUUAAUCUGUACUCCCAGCUGCUAUUUAUCUCAGUUUUUUAAAACAUUUUAUAUUUCGGUCAAUUUUUAAGUAAAUUAGCUAUGUGACAACGAUAUAAUAAUAUAUUUUUUCUAUUAAUUUUAUCUGUUGUUUAACUACAGCAAUUCAGAUCGUAGCUUAUUGGGAUCAUAAAUUUUUGCAAAAAUUACUAUUUUACUUUCAUUUUUUCUAGUUUCGUGUAGUAAAAUGUGUUUUUAAAAACUUUGAUAAAUAUACUUAAAAUUUUUAUUGUAUCGAAAUUUAUAAGCGUUUGUCUAACCUACUUGAUAUAUGUGUAGCUCUAACAAGCCAUAUAAAUAAUUAUUGGUAAUGGAACAUAAAUCUGUGGGUAAGAAUUAUAUGCGGUAUGCGGUGAAUGUCUACAUCUAGUAUAUUAUAUUAGGACAGGGUAUUACUGUUUAAUGCGUAAAUAACUAUUUGCCAAAAACAUAGAAAAAUAUACACAAUAGGCUGGUAUUGAGAUGAUCCAACUUUUUUUUAUUUUAUGUUGUACAUUGAUUAUAUCAAUAAAACAAUAAAAAGGUUUUCCUAUCAAAGAUUGAAAUCUUAGGAUACCAGAUAAUUUGAAAGUACAACUAUUAUACGCUUUAAAGAAACUUAACAUAAUGUUGAAUGGGUUGCAUAUGAGAGUUCAUUUUGAAUGAAGUAAAGACAGACUUAAACACUGAACAUUAAACUUAACUAAACAUAAUUAACAUUUGCACUUAAAACUUAAUAUAAUCAAUAUUUGCAAAUUUAGGAAAUGGGGGUUUUGGAUAUGCUCAAUUAUUCUAAAAUAUUCAGGGCCUCCUACACUACUUCCGGUUAUACCGGAAGUUUACUAAAAUACUUCCUGAUUUUAAAUAUAACGCCUUACACAUAUAUAGGCACAGUAUUAAAAAUUGGUCAAUAAUUUUAGUACCAUCCUAUGCUAUUUAUUAGAUGUUGUAAAGUACCACUGUUUGUAAUUUUUGUUAAAUAUCUUUUUAGUCUUUAUUUAUAAACUAUUGUUUAUAUUUUUAUACAAAUCUCCCUUAUAUAAUUUGAUUUAUCAAUUUUAGACGCAGUUAUGACUGUUAUAUGAUUAAUUAAAUUGAAUUUUUAAAAAAGAAUACAGUGGAACCUCGAUAAGUCGGAUUAAUCGGGACCGCGGCCGAUCCGGGUUAGCCGGAGAAUAUGGUAAAAAUUAAUAAAACACGGUAUAUUUACAGAUAAACUCCAUUAUAAUUAUUGCAAAAACAUGAAAUAUAUAUAUGCACAGUACAUCUAAAUUACGUACAGUUGUAUACAGUUUUGUCAAAGUGAAAAAAUGUUUGUUUUGUCUGAUGAAAGUCGGUCCGGGUUAUCGGGGUUCCACUGUAUUGUUCUUAAACUGUUUUCCAUCAAAUAUCUUGUUGCGGGUAUAGGCAAGCGGGCCAAAUCAACCUUGUUUGCCUUUUUAUUAUUUAUUUACAUUUCAAUCAAAAAAUUUUAUUAAGAAAAGUGGCGCAAAUUAUUGGGUUUGACAUGUUGCGAAAAUUAAAGAUGACAGGUGAACAAAAAAGUACUUCCCCCCAACGUGAUGGACAGAGGACCUCAAAAGAAUUGUGACCCCGAUUCGAUAGCAGGGGCGCAGAACAGAACGAGAUGAAAAUAUCUGGAGGAGGCCUAUGUUCAACAGUGGACAAAUCAGUGCUGAUUGAUGAUAAUGAAUUACCAAAUUUGUAUAAAGUAGUUGUUAGAUAGCUGUGUCAAAUAAUGUCACGACAAAGACUUUUAUUUGUUAAUUUCUCUGUUCUAUAUACACACCAAGCUGUUUAUCUUGUUAUACACUGACCGCUCUAAAGUUUUUGACUGGUACUCACCGGUAAUUACAGGAAUCUUAGUCUUAUAACGCCAGGUUAUUAGACGUAAAGGUAUUUUAUUUAAAUCUAUUUUAGUUUUAGAUAUUUCAUAGAAAUAGUAAAAUUAUACAAAACGAAAUAGAUCUAAUGCCAAUGGCCUUAGCUGUCGAAGCAUUUAAGCUAAAUAAAAAUAAAUAGAUCUAAUCACAAACCAUACAUCCUCAUAGACGUUUCACGGCCAUGUUAUUCUUUCGGAUCGAAUUAACGCCAUCUCUUGAUUGGAAUGAGAACUAAAUUGACAAAUUUUAGUUAUGCGGGAGUUUCAAACAAUAAAUUUUGUGUGAUUUUUGAAUUAAAAGGUACAGAUAAAUAACAGAAAGGCAAAUCAAUGUUUUAUUCAAUAAUUCUACAAUAAAAUAAAUGAAAAUGAAUGUCGAUACAAUUAUACAGAAACUUAAAAUUAUUUUAAAAGUACUAUCUACGUAAAAAAUACUAAAAAUACAUAAAAACGUUGGUUCAAGGAUUUUUAACCUCACAUUUUUGUCAUUGUCAACGGAAAUCAUAAUAUUUACACCUUAAAAAUGAACCUUACUGAAAAUUUAACGAAUAAAGAAUAUUUUCUGGAAACGAUAAAUAUUGUAGAAGGAAGGAGAACACAGAAACAGUAGAAAGAUUUUGGAUAUCUAAAAAUUUUAAUUAAUCUCUGAUUGAUAUCUGAUUUUUUUAAUAUGUUAUAGCCUGAUUAUUUGACAAUACCGCUGUAAUAAUGUUGCUUAACAGGUUAAUUUUCAUUUUAUACCGGCGGCAUCAAAAAUGACCAAAUUUUUAACUGGGCGGAUUUCUAUGCACGCAAGUUUAUUUAGUUGAAUGAACAUUUUUGAAAGUAUAACUUGUAGGAAGAUUUUUUAGAUAAAUACCUUACCUAAUAACUUUAAAUCGGAAUUACAUUUGCGUGUAAUCUUUUACAAACUUCCGAAAAAUAUAUUCGCUCGAAAUGCUGAUGACACACUCGUCUAUUCGAAUAAACUCUUUCAGGAUCCAUUCAAUUAAGUUCAGGAUUAUUUAUUUUCUGCAACCAAAACUGAAAUCGAUGAAGGUGCUUUUUAGGAUUUGGAAACCUAUGGAGCAAAAUAUUGUUUUUUUUUACAAACACAGCACGGGAUUAUCUAACUCAUAGUGUAAACUAAACUAUUGUGAAGUAAAUAGUAAAUAAAAAAAUAAUAUUUUAAAUUAAUUGUCAAAUUUUAAAUAUGACACGAGAAUUGACUGACAGCGACAUCUCUGGAUUGAAAUGGUAACUAAUUUGCUGUCUUGACCUUGACAAUUUACGUGAAACGUCUAUGAGUAUGAUGGUUUGUGGAUCUAAUAUUAGUGACUUUUUUGAAAAUAUCGUGUACUGAACACGUCACUUUCUGUUGAAUGUUCUGAGAUGGUUGAAUAAAAAAUGGAAAUGUUAAAUACAAUCAACGAGGAAGUACUACGCAUGAUAGGUAAAGAGAGAGAGAGAGAGGUAGGAAUAACUACAAAGAAAAGAAAGUUGGAAUAUUUGGGUCACGUUAUGAGGCACAAUAAAUAUAGAGUACUACAGAUAAUCAUCCAAGAGAAAACAGACAGCAGAAAGGGUCCAGGGAGGAGGAGACACUCGUGGCUUGUCAUAUAUCAAACAUUCAUUAUACAUAUCCGAUAUUUAACAGUAUAUUUUUAUCACCCCGUAUAUCAUAACCAAUUUCGUAUUAUAUUCAAACAUGUGCGGGUUAUUUAAUUUGUUUAAUUGUUGCAAUUCAUAAACAAUAUUUUGGCAAUGGACAUUAAUUUAGCUGACUAAGUAAAAACCUUUGUUUUUUUGUCGUGUGGGCUAUGACACAAUUACUGUUGCCAGCAAGAGAUAACAUACAUUUAGAAUCAUUCAUUAGAAUCAACUCAACCAGGCCAGAUGUGCCUUUAACUUCAUUCCUUCAUAAAUUCAAUAUUUAGCAUCAUAGAGUCUUCAACUAAUUCGCGUACAAGCCACAUAUCAGUAUGUACUCAACGUUCUCUCGCGGUAACUAUCCUGGUGUCAGUCGCAAUCAAUAAAUUUUAUAAGUGCUAUUGGUGUUUCUAUUACUGAAGAUUAAUCUCCACUAAGUACGAAGAUUAGACAUGGUCUGUGGUCCGACAUAUCCAUAGGUCGCUGGUUCAAAUCCGGCUCGAAGGACCAUGUCUAAUCUUCGUACUCAGUGGAGGUUGAUCUUCAGUAAUAGAAACACCAAUAGCACUUACAAAAUUUAUUGAUAGCGACUGACACCAGGGUGGUUACCGCGAGAGAACGUUGAGUACUGAUAUGUGGCUUGUACGCGAAUUAGUUGAAGACUCUAUGAUGCUACAUAUUGAAUGUAUGAAGGAAUUAAGUUAAAGGCACAUCUGGCCUGGUUGAGUUGAUUCUAAUGAAUGAUUCUAAAUGUAUGUUAUCUCUAGCUGGCCACUUAAAUUGGGUCAUAGCCCACACGACAAAAGAACAAAGGUUUUUACUUAGUCAGCUAAAUUAAUGUCCAUUGCCAAAAUAUUGUUUAUGAAUUGCAACAAUUAAACAAUUUAAAUAACCCGCACAUGUUUGAAUGAAUAUAAUAACAAAUUGGUUGAUAUGAUAUACGGGGUAAUAAAAUUAUACUGUUAAAUAUCGGAUAUGAAUAAUGAAAGUUUGAUAUUUGACAUGGCUCCAAAAAUUGCGGCAAUGGUUCGGAUUGUCAUCUGCCGAACUAUUCAGAUCUGCCGUAAACAAAGUCAGAAUAGCCAUAUUAAUUGCCAACGUUCGGAACGGAUAAACCACAUGAAGAGGAAGAAGAAAUACAAUCAAAACAAGAAAAUUGGAGUAUCUCGGACAUAUUACAAGUGGAGAGAGAUACAACUUACUCCAACUGACUAUGCAGGAAAAGAUCCAAGGAAAGAGAAGCAUAGGAAGAGGUAGAAUAUCAUGGCUGCGCAACCUGAGAGAAUGGUAUGGAUGUACAUCAAAUAAACUUUGCAGAGCAGCCGUCUUAUGGGGUCCAGCACUUUUGGGUUAAAACGUGUUGAGUAUAUUAACAUAACUCUUAUUAUCGAAAUGCAUAGGCACUUUGUCAUUUGUCAGAAAUCUAAGCGUAACUGGUUCAUUGGUCAGAAAUCACAAGAGGAUGAUUUAAAAUGUAUUGGCAGUUAAAGCAUAGAGAAGACAGUUACAGGGACGAAUGAAGGAUUGUUCUGAAUAAGGAUUUGGCUCAUAACCAGCGUGGUGCCACUAACGUUUUUUUGCAAAUUUUGUCUAUAAGUACAAUUAAAGAGCUAUUAACUUCUAGUUAUCAACUUCUCUGAGACUAUCUUAAGCCUGAGAAACCUAUAAACAGACAUAAUAAGAAUAGACAAGGUAAGGUAUGGACCGCUCUGUGCAUCGAUGUAUAACGCCAAUAUCAAGGACGUCAUAUUGGUGAAUAUUCAUUUUGAGUGUUCUAGCCAUCUUUGUCAUGUCACAUGCGUGAGAUCACGCGGUAAAUAGAGAUAUACAGACCACCUACCGACUGCUCCGUGUUACACUGUUUUGCCUACUAUGCCUAGUCUAUUCUUAUUAUGUCUAUGCCCGAUAAAUCCCGAUAAUCGCUUUUUUGUACACUUUUUAUUGUUUUAUCUUUCAAGCCAAUACAACGGUCACAUCGACGGGGCUUAAUAGCUCAAUGUUAAUCGAUGUUUAUUUGCGAGUCUAUCAAUCUAUGCGUUCGAUGUUUUGGUAGACGGUUUAUGUCAUGUCGAAUAAAUCAUAGACUUAUAUAUUUACAUAAACUGAGCAGUCUGUAGAGCUGUGUCAUUCUUACAACUAGUAAAGCUUUGACAGUGUCUUUGAAGUGUGGAGAAGUAUCGCUUCUCGAUACAAUGUGCUAGAAAGAGACAGAACGAACAAGCGCAAGAGAUCUUGACACGGCCGGUAUGCUCAGUCUAUGUUAAUAUAUACUUAUAUGGAAUAAAUGUUAUAUCAAAAAUAUCUGUGAUAAAAUAUUAAAGUAAAUGUCAUUUUUUAUAUUUCUAAAUCUGAUUAUGUAUUUGUAUCGCACUUUUAUACGAAAAUAGUAAAUAUAUUGGUAAAAGUAGUGACCCUAUAACAUUAUGAAUUGUGUAAGGAGCCAUCGAAAAAAUCAUAAUUAAAGUAGGCGGUAGAUUCUGCAUUUAAAUGACAACGGUUAGAAUUUUUAUGUCAGUACAUGACAUUUAUGCCAAUAUUGUUGUUAGUAUAAACGUUGUUUAUUAGAAAGAGUUUUUAUUCCAAUUUUUACUUAACAAAAUGCCUGUAGAAGCGGCCAAAGCUGCAACCCACGUUAAAUACAUUUUUUCGGUGUCUCUACUAUAUAUGUAAUUUACGAUUUAUGUAUUUAAAAAAAAUUAAAAGAGAAUUAUCAGA